UUUAAUUCGCUCAUUGAAAUUAUAACUCCUAUAUUGAAAUUGUUCUGUGAGUGAAGUAUUUGAGUUCAUUCGGUACUCGUAUCAGAUGGUAUCGUGAUUUUGUAAGUGUUUACUCGGCAUGCAGUGUCAAGACUUCACUAUAAUGGCUGCAGAUCAGAUGGACAUCCAGAGUAUUCUUGUCAUGAAAGAUGACGAAGAUAAAGUGUUGCAAAUAUCGGACAAACUAGUAAUGGGCAUAAAUGGUGACAGCGGUGAUACGAGCCAGUUUGCACAGUUUGUUGCGAAGAACAUCCAGCUGUACAAGUUGAGGAACGGGUACCAGCUGAGCACAGCGGCGGCAGUGCAUUUCACGAGGAAGAACUUGGCCGAGGCAAUGAAAAGUGGGAAUCCUUAUAUGGUGAACUUGCUUAUUGCCGGUUUCGAUGAAAACGAAGGUGGUCAAUUAUACACCAUGGAUUUUCUGGCUUCGUGCAUGAAGGUCCCAUUCGCUGCUCAUGGUUUCGGCGGUAUCCUGAGUUUGAGUAUCUUGGACAGUUACUAUAAACCGACACUCACAGAAACUGAAGCGUAUGAAGUUCUAAAACUGUGUGUUCACGAGAUACAAAAAAGAUUGUUCCUUAAUCUACCCAAGUUCCAAGUUAAGGUUGUCUCCAAGAAAGGUAUUAGCACUUUACCCACCAUUAACUCCGCUACUUUUAUGCAAGAUCAUUAAAUUGAAAGAAAAACUCAAGUAUAUAUUAACUUUAAUGAUAUUUACAUGAUGAUAACAAUUGUGUUGUUUAAAUUUAAAAUAUUAUUAAUAAAACAUUAAGGAUAUUUGUGUUCAAUUAUUUACUAUUUUUGUAAUACGUAUUUCUCUAUAAAUUCCUCUAAUUAUUCAUACAUUCUAAAAUCUUUUAUCUGAAUAAAAUAAAACCAGGGGUAUUCCGUAUAAUCGAA